CUGGCAUUGAGAUUCUGUCAGUGAGGGGCAGAGAAGUUGGCAUAACAAUGACCGUGAGUGUGGCAGUAAAGGGGCAGUGGGCAAUGAGGGGUGAGUGAAUCUGGUAGUGUGGGUCCCAGUCAGUGAGGGGACAGUGGAUGUGGCUUUGAAGGGUCAGUGGGCAAUGAGGGGUAGGUGAACUUGGCAGUGAGGGGACAGUGGAGGUGGCAUUGAAGGGGCAGUGAUAGUCAGUGGAUUGGGCAGUGAGGGUCCCAGCCAGCUGGCAGUGAGGGUCGCAGUGAAGCUGGCACUCUCAGGACCAUCACCAAGCAUACGGCCAGGGGGCAGAUCUCCCAGGACGUCAUCCAGAUGGAUGUGACUGUGAACUCAGAGCUUUAAACAACAGCACAUUUAGAAAUGUCGUACCAGAAACCCCCAGAUGGAGGAUGGGGCUGGGUUAUCGUUACUAUCUCAUUCUUCAUCCAGUUUCUGUGCUAUGGUUCUCCCCUUUCUGUUGGAGUGCUCUAUGUUGAAUGGUUGGAUGUUUUCGAAGAAGGCAAAGGGAAGACGGCCUGGGUUGGGUCGUUGGCCGCUGGAUUUGGGCUUCUGGCAAGUAAGUCCAUUGUGCAGUGCCAGUGUGACCUCGUUUGGAGCUCGCCCAGUGACAAUCUUCAGCUCCUUUUUGGUGGCUGCAGGACUUAUCUUGAGCAGUUUUGCUCCUAGUCUGUAUUUCCUUUAUUUCUCCUAUGGAUUUAUGGUUGGCUUUGGAUGUGGCCUGUUAUAUACCGCAACUGUGACCAUUACUUGUCAGUAUUUUGAUAAACGCAGAGGACUUGCCUUGGGAAUCAUUUCAACAGGUUCGAGUGUGGGGACUUUUAUAUAUGCCGGUCUUCAAAAAGAGCUAAUAUCAAUAUAUGGAUUGGAUGGGUGUUUGCUAAUUGUUGGUGCUCUAUCACUGAAUAUAUUAGCAUGUGGCAUUCUAUUGAGACCUUUGCCAUGUGCAUCCACAACUUCGCUGGAGAAGACAAACUCAGAGAAAAUUCCAGAUAACUACCUCAUUUACCAUGAAAAACAACCGAACACUGAAGAAAAUACAUGUAUGCUAGAGAAAUUAUCAGGCAAUGAAAACAACAGAACUUGUACACCCAUAGCUGACAGAAAAAAGGCAGUGAAUUCUAAUGUGAACGGUGUCAGUGCUCUACACGCUAGAGAAAAUGACACUUACAAUAACAGUGUUACAGAAACAAAUAUUUGCAAACAGAUUGCUAAAAACAAAUGCCAUCGUUAUUUGGAUUAUUGGGAAAAGACAGUUGAUCUAUUUAAAAAUAAAGUAUUUUCGGCACUUUUUGUGGCUAUUUUGCUUUUUGACAUUGGAGGGUUUCCUCCUGCGUUGCUUUUGGAAGAUGUAGCAAAAAGUGCCAAUAUUGAUGAAGACUCCAUGGUCGUGCCACUAGUAUCAGUUAUUGGUUUCACGAUGGCAAUUGGAAAACUAUCCUUGGGUAUCCUGGCGGAUUUCAAGUGGAUUAAUGCAUUGUAUUUAUAUAUUUUUACCUUGUUGGCGACAGGAGUUGCUUUGAUUGCAGUUCCUUUUGCAAAUUCAUAUGCUACGUUAGCAAUUCUUGCUGGGACUUUAGGAUUUUUAUCAGGGAACUGGUCAAUAUUCCCCUAUGUAACCACUACUACUGUGGGAAUAGAUAAGCUCACGCAUGCAUAUGGGGUCCUGAUGUUCUUCGCUGGAGUUGGAAAUUGCCUUGGACCACCAAUAGUUGGCUGGUUCUUCGACUGGACACAGACGUACCAUAUUGCAUUCUACUUCUGCGGAAUAUGUGUCCUGUUAGGCGGAUUGCUCUUAUUAAUUGUGACUCUACCUUUUUGGGACAUGUGUAAAAAGAAGACAGAACCUUCUUCAAAAAAAUACAUUUAUAAAGUUGCUUCAGGCGUUUAAUAGAGUACAGAAAAAACAAUGCCUGUUGUAGCAAGUUAAAAGAUUGUGUGAUAGGUAGUUCUAAAAAAUUGACUGUAGCUCUCUGUAGGAAUUGAAGAGUUGUCUGUCUGCAUAUAUCGAAGUAAAAAUACCAAAGCAUUUUUUAGGUUACCUGGGUAAAUUAUUCCCAGACGAAAUAUUAGACAUAACCUGUACUGUUCCACCAUUUUCAAGCUAGAAAGUCUAAAAUAUGUAUUAUUCUUUUAGCGCCUCCAACAAGGUUUAUUUUGAAAGG